AUGCAGAGCGCUCAGCAACCUCCCGAGUUGCUAGCCUACAAGGCUCUUCAGGCGGUACAGCGCGGCAAUGCGGAAGAGUUGGCAAAGUUAAUCCAGGCCGGAGCCAAUACUCAUGUCAUCAAUGCUGUAGUCAAAACGGGCACGAGCCCAAAUGGACGCCCCGAUCGGGAGGCCAAGGGGGAUCUACUUUAUCAUGCGGUGGAUAAGGAGAAUGUCGAGUUGGUGAAAGUUUUGCUCAGCAACGGGGCUGAAGUUAAUGGCUCGAAACAUGACGAGAGUCCACAUCCGCUUCGAGCUGCGGUGGUGCGCAAAAAUCUAGAACUGGUUACAUUACUGUUGAAACGGGGCGCGAAUGUGAACAGAACAUACACAAUCACCACGGGCUUCGCUAAACUGACGAUGACUGUUUUGUUCGAAUCGACUUCCGACGCCAUUUUCAAUUUUCUCCUCCGACGAGGAGCAGAUGUGAAUAUCAGAGACUCGAAGGACGAUACACCACUGCACGUUCAUGCGGAGAAUUGGAAUGCAUCUUUUGUUAAUGGAUUGGUAGAACACGGAGCUGAUGUGAAUGUACUUGACAAGGAAAAUCGCACGCCGCUGUGGAGAGCAAUGCAGCAAUGGGGCUUCCGAGAUGGUUGCGAUGAAGAAGAGAAUUUUAUCGAUGUAUGUCACGUUCUCUUAAGCCAAAAGGCCACACCACCUUCUGCUGACGCUUUCGCGAGUGAGACCGAGAAUUCAGAGCGAUUUUUUCGACGUUUACAGAUUGUAAGAGGAUUGACAACUCAGCGCGACGUUGGGAUGGCGGUGCUAUCUCAUAUACCAGUGGAAAUAUAUCGUCAGGGUGUUGCCGAGAUCGCAGCAUAUUUUGCAACAAACACACUCGUACCCGUUGCAGUCGAGCAGAGUGAACUUCGCACGGAAGUUCUUCCUGAAGAUCGUCGUCGACAAUCGAAAACUGGAGUGGCCGCGUGGAUAUCGGGAGAAGAAGUGCUCCAACGUCAGGUAGAAAUUUUACCUGCACUGAAUCGCUCUCCCAGUUCGAAAAUUCAUGCUCCAAGUGGUGACGAUGUCAGCCCCUUGCCAGGCUGCCCAGAACCCGAGCCAAUUUUACGCGACCUGGAAAGUAAACUAAAAAGAGGCGGCAGUGCUGCUUGGUCAGUGAAAGACGAGGUUCCUGUAUCAAGCGAAUCGAAAGUGACCGCUAUCGAAUGCAAAGGCAAUGAUAUUGUACCUCCGACGCCAACCAAGAACCAUACGGAUGAUGUAGAGCCCAUUUCGAGCGGAGCUGAUGCAGAAACUGUAAAUACGACACCAAGGUCUGCCGUCAGCGGUGCAAAGCCAGCAUUGCCUCCUGUAUCAACUCGAUCAGGACUGCCUGUAGUGGCUCCACUGCUACUGUAUCGUCUCAAGAUAAUAUGUGCAACUGGACUUCGUCGUGCACUCAAGUACCGGAGACAGAGUCCUUAUUGCAUUUGCCGAUUAGUUCGUGGCGAUGGUGAAGUGCUCACCCAGGUCCAGACAGCGGUGCACCCUGGUGGCGGGGAAGUCCCUACGUGGAGAGGUCAAGUCUUCGAACUGGCACUAACACCAGAGAACACUCGAACCAGCACGUUGGUAUUCGUCCUCAAGCAUUCGGGCAUGGUGGCAUCUCUCGAUGAGAAAAUUGCUACGGGUAUGAUGCCGUUCCCAUACAUCCCCGUUGGCCACUCACUGACGCUCAAGCUGCUGCUCAUGAACAGCGAUCAACAAGCAGGACGCCUGGAAAUUUACAUAGAAGCCUACUAACAUGGCUUCAUUUUUCACACGUCACAUAUUUCUAAACGAGUGGUACACUGUACCGAUUCCAAAACGGCGAUUCUUGCUUUCGUG